AUGAAUACAGCCGCUAGUAGCGGAGGAAGCGGAGAGGGCAAUAAUAAAAAGAGCAAACUAGCAGGCCAGAUAGUUGGUCCUAUCGGAGGCAUGAUUGUCCUCUCCUGCAUCCGCUCAUUCUUCAUCAUCAGAUGUAAGAGGAACAAGAGGAGAAUUGAAGAAAAGCGCAGGACGAGCACAGUAUACGUCGAUCGGGACGGGAACGAAUCGCACAUAAAACAGCAAGGACAUCGGUCCGAACGAGCGUUCCCAGCGCCGCCCGCGUGGCCUUUAGGACAUGAGAAUAUUUCACCUGGUCAAGAUCAAGGUCACCCAUAUGUAGGAGCAGAUCAUGGCAUGGGAAGGCAUGGUACUGCUCCGUACAAUGAGAGUUCAGUGGAUCAUAGCCGCACCGAGUCUGAGCAAGUUAGUCCGAUCGGCAGCACUAGGCGACGGGAGGGCGGGAGAGAUAUGUGUUGUCCAGUUCCGGGAUCCUAUUGA